AUGAAUGGCAUUACCCAAGCCAUCGCUUUCCUUGAAUCGCUGAAUCUCGCCCACGGUGACCUCCGACCGGAAAAUAUUCUCCUUGACGGUAACCUCAGAAUCAAAGUUACAGAUUUUGACUAUACAGCGCCAUUUGGAACACCGUUUUUGGUUUGCCAAGCGCCGUGGGGAAGGGAGUUGAAGGGAAAUGAACCGGGAUAUGAUGUGAAAGAGGUGUAUGGCGCCGGACUACUGGGACCACGAACCGAGCAAUUCGCACUUGGCUCUAUAUACUACUUCAUCAACUACGGCAUGGAAGUAUACGGGGAUAAGAUUCUCACGAGCGAGCGGCGUGACCGUGGUAUAAAGCUCAAUGAGUUACUGCGGGACAUGCAGUUUCCAGUCAUAGGUUGUGAUCCAAUUGGCGACUUGAUUUCCAAGUGCUGGCACAACUAG